CACCUGGCAACCCUGUACGCGGUAAACAAUUUUUUGCUAUUCAGUAAAUUUUAUAAAAUCAAUUAAUAACAAUUUCGUUAGCUGCAUUAAGAAGGCGUUUGUAACAAUUUUUAAAUUAACUACAACGGAACACUACAAGCUGUGUUGAGGACGUUGAGGAUGACCAAAUCCAGCGUGCUAAGAGUAAUGCGGACAAAGCCAAGUUAUUUUGAACGUCCACAAUUGCCAAUCCGGUGUUGUGUGCCAAACUGCACAACCGUAGCUCGUUCGGUUAGGCAAUAUUUUACGUUCGUUCCGAAGGAUCCUCCUUUCAGGCGGAACACUACGAAAAGUCAAAAGGAGCUCUACCAAAAACGAUUCUACUAUUGGUUACGCGUUCUAGGCUUGGAAGAAAAGGACUACUCAAAGAAGCUUAAAAUUUGCUCAAGUCACUUUGUAAAAGGGCGCCCGAGCGGGGUCUACGAAUGCGGCCAUGAAGACUGGAUUCCUUCAAAAAAUUUGCCGAAUAAUAUUCGCUGCAGGAUAGUAACGUUGUUGUGUGUCGACACAAAACUUGAACCAAUCAGUCCUGGAGACACUGACAGCGAACGACCCGAAGCAGCUCAAGUUAUGACGCUAGAAAACUCGUUUUGCAGCCUAUGCCUCAAAGAGGAUGACCGCAUACGGCCAUUGUUUCCUUGUGAUAUCGAUUGUGCCUUUCGCAUCCAGCUGAUAAAUUCGCUGACAGGAGUAGCUUUGGAUUGUGAAUCAAAUUUUAACUGUUUUAUUUGCGUCAGCUGUGAUGAAAAUUUGAAAUUGUUCCAAAAUUGGCGGGAUAAUGUGCAGCAAAACAAUCGCUUCCUGAAAGAGCAAGAUCAGGGACGUCCAGUUCCGUUAGUUUCAAUCCCUUUGGAACAAUGCAUGGAAAUUUCUGCCAUGGGCAUUACUGCUCCAACAGGUACUUCCGAUGAUUUUCUUUCAGUUGCAAAGAUCGAACCAGAAGAAGAUGAAAGCAAUCAGAUAUCUCAAACAACUAGUAGCGGAAUUCCAGAGAUGGUUAUUGAAAAUAUACAAGUCAAAGCUGAAUCCACAACCAGCGUGGUCAGUGGUAUUGGUUCGGACGACUUGAGUUCAGCGCACGAACGAACAAAAUCCAUCUCAUAUAUAGCAAAUGACGGCGAAACUAUUUUGAUAGAUCAAACCGAUACCACAAUAACAGAACCGCAAAUGCAUGAAUCUUGUUGCAAAGGCGAACUGAAUAUAAUUGAAGAACCUACAAUUGAAGUUUCUACUGCGUGGAACGAAUCUAACGCAAUACAUUCAAAUUGUGUUAUUAUGUGUUCCGAGCAGGUGACAACCAUCAUCAAGGACACUGAUGAUGAGGAUAGAGUCAAGCAGGAAAUGAUUGAUGCGAUAAUGUUGCGCAUGAGAGAAGAGAUGUGCGCAUCCAAAAAAUCUAGAAAAAGAUCGAAAAAGCUAUAUCGCAACUGUGAACCAGCAAAGCAGAAAAAGAAGUCAAAAUUAAGAUGUCAUAUUGCUAAUGAAGACUGAUGGCUUGAUUUUAGUUAAUUGUUUAACUUCGUUGUUAUUUUUU